GACAAUCAGAAACAACGAUGGCUACCUCGGACAUCAAGUCGUCGCCUUUUCUGGACGCUGGAGCUGCCGCUUCGAUCGGAUCAUUGGCAAUCUUACAUCUUAAACGCGACCAACUCAUCCCCCUCAUCCUCAAGUCAACAGCAGAUGAUGGCUACGCAGAGGGCGCUGUCACGAAUACCCGUUUCGGUUCAUUCCCUCACUCGACACUAAAGGAUGUUCCAUGGGGCACUCAGGUCCGCGCAUCCAAGGUCGACACUGGUUCAAGAGGUCGUGGAAAGGGAGCUAAGCGCAAGCUGGAUGACACCGAGGCACCGAAAGAGGCUAUCCAAGCAGGCACUGGCUUCGUACACUUGCUACCGCCUACCCCCGAGAGUUGGACCAUCAGUCUGCCCCACCGAACACAAGUCGUCUACACACCCGAUGCCAGUUACAUUCUACAGAGACUGCAGGUUCGCCCUGGUCAGACAAUCAUCGAGGCUGGCGCUGGCUCGGGCUCUUUUACACACGCUUCAGCACGCGCCGUCUUCAACGGCUACCCUUCGCAAUCCUCAUCAGAACCUUCACUGAAGAAGCGCCGCUAUGGUCGCGUGUGCAGUUUCGAAUAUCAUGAGCCUCGUGCUAUUGGCCUGCGGGACGAAGUUCGUGCUCACGGCCUCGAUGACCUUGUUCGCGUGACACACCGCGACGUCUACGCUGACGGCUUUCUCCUCAACGAAGAGGAUCCCAAAAACAAGUCCCCGAAAGCGGAUGCCAUCUUCCUCGAUCUCCCCGCCCCCUGGAUGGCCUUGAAGAACUUGACCCGUCAACGACUACCUGCGCGCACUGCCAGAAUUGUCGCCAACUCUGCCUCAGCCGAUGCCGCCGAUAUUGCUUCAGAGUCAGAAACACCCACCGAAGAAUCUAUCGAGCCCUUCAUCUCACCUCUGAAUCCAAACGUACCCGUCCACCUCUGCACCUUCAGUCCUUGCAUCGAGCAAGUCACCGCCACAGUCGCCGCACUCCGCCGUCUGGGCUGGACAGAGAUUCAAAUGGUCGAAGUUAUGCAAAAACGUAUCGAUGUGCGACGGGAACGUGUGGGUCUGCACGAAGAAGGACUACGAGGUGUGAACGCCACCGCCGCUACAGUAGAUGAAGCCGUGAACCGCUUGCGUGAAGUCGAAGGUCGAUUUAAGGAAUGGCACGAGACUCUCAAGGAAGCCGACGAGGCAGCAGAGGCAAACGGACAACCCAAACCUCGUCCUAGCACUACCAAAGAUCACCCGGCCAGCCACUUUGAGAGCAAGGCAUCUAGACUGGAACGUAUCAAGAAGGAGGCAGAAGAGAGAAAGACUUUCAAGGAGGGAAGACUUGUGCACAGAACAGAACCUGACAUCAAGACGCAUACAAGUUAUCUGGUCUUCGCUGUUCUGCCACGAGAAUGGAAUGAAGAGCAAGAGGAGAAGUUGAGGAAGAAAUGGGGUACUGAGGGCAAGGUCUCGACUGAAGAUAUCAGCAAGAAGGCGAACAAGAGGAGCAAGAAGACGUAGAACAUACACAUUUACCCUAGAGCAUUCACGAAGACAAGGCAUUCUUUCCACGUUGCACUUCCAUCCUCUUGGCCGGUUGUAAAGAUAUGCUCCUGUGGUGUGGUACGAGUCCGUCUAAAUACUCUUGCUCUUGUAGGGUCAAGCAAACAGAAAGCUCAAUGUGUAGCUGCGACUAUGCAC